AAUGCCGGAAGUGACGGAGAAAGCAGCUGGUAGCGGGUCUACUGAAGAAUGAGGAGGACUGUGGAAGUGACAGAAUGACACUAUGGAUGAUGGGGGUAACCCCCUUCUCCCCGAUAGCAUCCUCUUUGACAUUUUCCAGUACUUGGAUUACAAAGAUGUGCUGUCAGUGGGACAGGUGUGCCACCAGUGGCAUGCUGUGGCUCGAGAUGAGGUCCUAUGGAAGGAGCUUUUCUACAGAUACUAUGGGGUAGCUCGGGAUGUCCCACGACACCCAGCUGCUGUUUCUUGGUACAGCGAGUUCCAGAGACUGUAUGACAACAUCCCUUGCGUUCAGGUGCAAACCCUGAAGGAGCACAGUGAUCAAGUUCUCCACCUUAGCUUCUCCCACAAUGGCUACAUGUUUGCCUCAUGCUCCAAGGACUGUACCGUCAAGAUCUGGAACAACGACCUCACAUUCUCGCUUUUGCAUAGCUCCAACAUGAAGAAGUUCAACUGGAGCUACACUCAGUUCUCGCAGUUCAAUGCUGACGAUUCCCUCCUUCUGGUGUCGGGGGUAUUCAUGGGGCCCCGCACUUCCUCCUCAGGCGAGAUUGCAGUCAUCAGCUUGGAAAAUUUCACGCUCUUGUCCCGGGUGCGCAACAAGCCAUACGACGUCUUUGGCUGCUGGCUGAACGAAACCAACUUGAUUUCUGGCAAUUUGCACCGCAUCGGCUACCUCACCUCAUGCUCUGUGUUGUGGUUAAACAAUGCCUUCCAGGGUGUGGAAUCUGAAAACAUGAACGUGGUAAAAAGGCUUUUCAAACUCCAGAACCUGAAUGCCAGCACCAUCCGGACAGUGAUGGUGGUGGACUGCAGCCGCUACGAUUCCGCUGACCUACCACACCAAGGAGAGCAGUUGGCAUCCAGCCCUGCUGCUGCCACCGGCCAGGCUGCCGAUCUUUGCAGCGACAGUGAGGAGGAGGAGGAGCCCAAACGCCAAGCAGUGCCAGAGCUGUCUGCAGAGGACUCCCCAGGAGCCAAGAGCGAAGCCGAGGCUGGAGACGGGCUGGACCGCUUCCUGUCAGACAUCAUGGAAGGGCGUGCCAUGACAGAGAUGGAGAUGGAGACAAAGGUGGCCCAGCUGCUGGCAAAAAAACGGACGAAGCCUCCUGAGCCGAACCUUCUCUCCCUGGAGGGCUGCAGCAAGAAGAAAUACUUGAUCUUCACCACUGGAUGCCUCACCUAUUCGCCACACCAGAUCGGGAUUAAGCAGAUCCUGCCUCACCAAAUGACCACAGCAGGUCCCGUCCUUGGAGAAGAAAGAGAUUCUGAUAAGUUUUUUGAUUCGCUGGACCAUGUCAUUGACAUCCAUGGACAUAUUAUCGGCAUGGGUCUCUCACCUGACCACAGGUACUUGUACGUGAACAGCCGAGCUUGGCCUCAGGAUUGCGUCAUUUCCGACCCCUUGCAGCCGCCCCCCAUUGCCGAGGAAAUCGAUUUGCACGUCCUGGAUCUCAAGACGAUGAAGGAAGUGAAACGAGCACUGCGGGCUCACCGGGCCUACACACCCAGCGAUGACUUCUUCUUUAUUUUCCUGGACGUCAGCAGAGAUUUUGUGGCCAGUGGUGCUGAAGAUCGUCACGGCUACAUCUGGGACCGGCACUACAACAUCUGCUUGGCCAAGCUGCAGCAUGAUGACGUGGUCAACUCAGUGGCCUUCAGCCCUGUAGAACAAGAACUCCUCCUGACAGCUAGUGAUGACUGCACCGUUAAAGUGUGGCGCUCCCCCCGCACCGUGCGGAUCCUUCACGCUGAGAAGCCCAGACUCCGUAAGCCACUCUUCUCUUGGGCCACAAACCAGAGAAGCUGAGCCAGCCCUGUCAGGGAUCCAUCUCGAUGGCUCACCUUGGCCUGUAAAGUCACCUCUGAUGAAUGGGGUGAGUGACCACGGUCCUUCUCCAUAGCUUUGCUUUCCUAUCCACUGCCACAAUCAGCAAGACCUGGUGACAUUGGAGGAACCUGGGACUAUUGGCCAAAGCAGACUUUCCUGCCUUUCUUUCAAUGGAGUUUCACAGUUUGUUAAUUAUAUAGGUUUGUUCACAUUAAAACAUACGUAAAACUUUGUUUGCAAGAAACUGUAUCAGGCCCUUCUGCAAGGGUAGCCAACGUCAUCCUCCGGGCUAGAACAUUGCAUGGGUGCUACUGAGGAUCCUUGGGGUUGCCAAUUCUUUGGGGCAGGGAUUCUGUCCUGGUGACAGCUCUGCGAAAAGCGGAAAUCCAGUGGAGGAAGGCUGCCCCUGCUGAAUGUCUCCAUGCUGAAGUCAUAAGGACCGAAGUGAAAGUGAGAAUACCUCAAACCCCAUAGAGGUCUACUCUAAGCCCGGUUGCAGCUGUUCUGCCAGAUUGAGUUUCAUUUGGAACAGAGGAAGCUACGCUUUACUAUUGAAGUUCCAGCGGGCAUCCUACACCAUCUGUAGACCUAUUCUCCAAAUUACUCAUUUGGAAGGAGGAGACCCCUGAACGUUUUGAACUGCUAAGGAACUGAGCAAGAGGAUUCUAGGAGGGCUUCAAAGCCUCAACCCUGCCAAGCUUCCCAUCCCCUCAGUAAGUAACUCAGGGCAAGCGUUUUUUCAGUGAUCCCUGCAGGGGAAAAGGAGGGAAGUAGCAGUUGAGGCAGCUGUGGGUUCAGGAGGUGAAGGCAAAGUCACCUGCUUUAUGUGGUGUAGCUGCUGAACCACUCAGCCAUUUAGAGGCAAGGAAGACGGAUCUAGAACACGGAGCUCCUUCUUAAGCAGAGUUGUUGGGGAAAGUGAAGCAGCUUGAUUUCCACAAAGGGUUAACCGAGGAACCUGGUUCUAAGGCCUUGAAUGUCAGGCUGUCCCUCACCGGACCUCGCAGGUGACAAACUUGCUGAGGAUUGAUGCUUCUGAACUACAUCGCAUCAUCAGCACAGCAUGGAUUCAAUAAAUUUUCCUUAAGCACCA